AUAUUUUUUGGCGUCGGCAAAACUUAGAGUUUGAAGGCGCUUACGCUUCACGUCAGCCUCGCUGGACACGGUGCAGCAGUGCCACGUGGUCCAGUGCAUCGCGGACGCACGAAACCGGUGCACGCAGAGACCCAUAAGGCUGCAAACUGCAGCCGUCGGCAAGGCCAGCCAACCGCCGACAGCUUACGCCGUCGACGCACACAUCGCAUUGGCAGCCAGGGAACGCCGCACCACCACCAGCGCAACCAUGGCCUUCUUCCAAAGCGGAGACAAAGAAAUAGUUGUGGACGACGACACCGUCGAACCCUACGAGAGCCCGCUCGCCCAUCAAAAGUCGUACGACGACUUCAGUGCAGUACAAGAACCCAAGGCGAGGCAAGGCCGCGUCUAUCGCCUCCAGCCCGCCGUGAAGCAGUACGCCUGGGGGAUCAGAGGAGGUGAUAGUCGCGUAGCCCGCUAUGGCUUAGAAACGGGCGCGUUAAAAACGAUCGAUCAAAGUGCUCCUUAUGCGGAGAUCUGGCUCGGCACGCACCCCUCUGGGCCUUCAUUAUUAGAUGAUGGGACUGAGUUAUCCAAAGUAGUCAAGGGCGGCAACCUACCUUGGUUGCUGAAAGUCCUCAGUGCCGGGAAAGCCUUGUCCAUCCAGGCGCACCCGGACAAGUCCCUCGCGGAGAAGCUCCACAAGGACAAGCCCGACUUGUACAAAGACGCAAACCACAAGCCCGAGAUGGCCAUCGCGCUGACGCCCUUCGAGGCCAUGUGCGGGUUCCGGCGGCUGUCGGAGAUUGCGGUCCACUUGCGCAAGCAUCCGGAGUUCGCCGCUUGUAUUUCGACCGAGGCGCAGCUCGCCGUCUUCACGGCGGGGCCCCGCGAUUCGAAAGCGCAGAAACUGGCGUUGCAUAAAGUGUUCGAGUCGUUUAUGGUCUGCAGCGGUGUCUCUCAGAAAUUUCAACAUGCGGCGCUCUGCUCGAUGGCGUCACGUGGAUUCUACCCCACCGCCACGCCAUCGCCGCGACGUCGACGCGACGGCUCACCGGUCACGCAACGCAGGCCUGCGAGCCCGACGUCUCGUCCGCCCAGCUCAAGCUCUUGGUCCAACGCCUAAGGAGGGAGCAGCGCGCCCAGUUCCGGCCGAGCGGCGCGCAGCACAUCAACCCCGCGGCGCCCGUCCUCUCGCCCGGCUCCGCGGCCAAAGAUGAUGAGGUCCCCGAGAGCGCCUGGGAGCGGAAGGCCGCGCGAGCUAUUUUGAGAUUGGAAGAGCAGUUCCCGGGCGACGUCGGGGCCAUGGCUCCGUUGUUUCUCAACUACUUAUUGAUCGCGCCCGGAGAAAGCUUCUUCAUGGCUGCGAACGAACCGCACGCCUACGUCGCCGGAGAAAUCCUGGAGUGCAUGGCGUGUUCCGAUAAUGUGGUGCGGGCCGGACUGACGCCGAAGAUGAAAGAUGUUGAUAAUCUCGUGGACAUGCUGACCUAUAGCAUGGGUGGCCCUGACAUCGAGUUUGGUCGAUUAGUCCACCAGGGGCCUGGUACUCGUACCUUAUGUUAUACUCCCCCAGUCCCCGAGUUCGAAGUACUCAUUACGACGGUCGAGACCGGUGCUACUUAUGAUAUCGCUCCUUGUGAGGUUCCUUCUAUAUUAAUCUGUGUGGAAGGUAUCGGGCAUACUCAAAGUGCUCCUGGGCCUGAUGGGGUGGAGCCCCAAAGAAAACAUAGAUAUGAAUUGUGCCCGGGCAAAUCGCUCUAUAUCACGGCGGGCACCGUGGCGCUGACGCUCGUCAACGACAUGACCACGAAAGGACCGCUGCGGGUCGCGCGGGCGCGCCAGAACCUGAGCCUGGCGGGGCGCGCGGAGGACUCCCAGUGAUUUCGCGGCGACGGCGUACAGCUUGCGUAGACGCGAAGGAUGCCGCGGCGAUGGCGUGGGGCGGCGGCUAGCUCUGCCUCUUGUAACACAACAAAUAUUCGUCGGUC